ACGGUCAUGUCAAUUUGAAUUUUCACCAAUUUUGACGUUAAUGUAAAGCGCUGAAGAGUAUUCGAAAAUAAUAAUCAAAUAAGAUUUAAAUGUUCUUACAAUAAUAAAAAAGAAUCAGUGAUGGCACCAUCGGAUCCACAAAUUCCUCAAACGAUUUCAGCAUGUCCAAAACCAAAUCCUCGGAAUAUCCCUGUUAUGUUUAAGAUAUUCCAAAAUGUUCAAUACAAUGUUGUUCAACACAAAAAAUAUGUUAAAGAAAUGACUAAACUGUAUAAAAAGACCGAUCAAGAUGCAUUCCGUGAGAGCUUUAGGAAUGCCCUUCAAUACUUGUUUACAUUUGGAGACACUAGUGCUAAUGUAGACAGAGUAAUACAGUUUGUAGCCACCUUUUGCACAAGCUUGGAUGAUGAAGAAGAGUUUCUUAUGUUCAUAUUUGAUAUCAUUUUUGAUUUCCAAUGUGUUUCCGGGCAAUCUGUGAGAUAUCGAGCAAGUCAGUUACUAGCAUCUGUGCUUGCUGCUCUUGGUAAUGAUGCAUCUCUCGAUGAUGACCUGUGUGACAAACUACUCGCUUCACAGAUGCAAAGAUUACAAGACACCCGAGGUGCGGUACGGUGUCGUGCUGGGCUGGCAUUACAACGCCUGCAGAACCCCAUGGACCCUGAUGAUGAGGUGACCAGAGCGUACCGUUUCCAUAUGAGCUGUGACCCUAGUUCUUCUGUUAGAAGAGCGAUAGUGAUGUCAAUAGCAAAGUGCACUCGUAAUGUGCCGUUCGUGUUGGAAAGGCUAUGUGAUGUGGACGAGGCGGUGCGUCGCGCAGCCUUCCUUUACAUUGCCGCUAUGAAUGUUACACAACUGAGAGUGAGGCAGCGAGUGCUCACACUUAAGGUAGGAUUAACAGAACGCAGUGUGAGGGUUCGUCGAGUCGUAGAAGAGAUUUUAAUACCGGCGUGGUUGAGUUCAUUUGAAGGGAAUAUUGUACAUCUAUUGAAAGCUAUACGUUUGGACAACACCCUUGAUGCUAAGGACUCUCAGUAUGUUGCUGGAAAACUACUGGAGUCAUUAUUCAAACGUUUACCGAUAUCUGAGCUUUUGGAAUGGCUGCCAACGGACAAGACUCUGAGAGUGAUACCACCGGAGAAACUGAACAAGGAGAGUGCGUGGUACUGGCGACACCUCGCUGAACAUUUACAGAGUAUCGACGAUGAUGACACUCUGCAGACGGUGUUGCCAGAUUUGGUCGUUUUUACUGCAUAUAUAAGAACUCUAGUAGAGUCCCCCUGCCCUUUGGAGAGUGAGGAUCCAGUGAGGUUCAGCACGCGGCAGUAUGUGCUGCAGGAGUUGGGGCUGAUGCUGCGCGUCUACGAUGUGUCUGAUCCCACCGGCAGAACUUCAUUGCAGGAUCUGAUCGCUGAUGUACUUACUGGUGACUACGGGCCGUUAAACCCGGAAGUGCUGCGUGCGUUUGUGCUGGCUCUGGAGCUGGUGAUGCCGGACGUGUCUGCUCGGAUGGAGGCUGUCAACACCAUGAUAUCAGCACUCAGAGACCCUGAGGAGCUGGAGGUGUCUCCAGCUCAGUUACCAGCUAUGGAGUCCACGGAGGUUAAGUUACAGAGAGCUAGACUCCGGGUAUCGCUGAAUGUGGCAAUGGAGGCACAAGAGGAGGCCGUCAGGGAACAGAACUAUGCUCUUGCGGCGGAAUGCAAAGCUAAGGUAGAAGAUAUACAAAGAAGGUUGGAAGACCUAAAUAUCCAACCUGUGCCUCAGCCGCAGCCUGUUUUACCAACUAUCAAAGAAAGUAAAUCAGAUGCUGCCACUCUCAAUAAAUGUCUGAUAAUACUAAACGCAGCACUGGACACUCCGCAGCUGAUAACCCUAACGCCUAUACUACGAAUGAUAUUUAAAGAAUUAGAGGUGGAGAUAUUUAAAAAUGUUGAGAUCCAAAUCAACGCUUUAGAGACAGUCGCACUCUACGCGAUGCUAGAUAAAGAGUUUGCGAAGGAAUACAAGUCAUUCUUCUUUGCUAAAUUAAUAGAUACAAGCAACGAGCCGUUAGUUACGACAGCUCUGAAAUGCGUGAUGGAUCUUCUGUGCGUGCACGGAGUCACUGUGUUCGAUGACGAGGCGGAUGCUGCUAAAGAAGAUUCUAGAAUGAAGAGGCGCACCACUAACCGCACUAUUGAAGAUACGGUGGAUGAAGAAAGCAUAUCGGAAUCAGUGCUAUCUUUAAGUCCAACACACAGCACUGUUAUAAAAGUAUUAUUGCAACUAAUGGAUAGCUCAUGUGCGUCGUUCAGACUUAUAAUAGUGGAAGGUUUUUGUCGACUGAUACAUCUUGGUCAUUUGGAGUCCCCCUCCAUACUGAGCAGACUGUUGCUGCUUUGGUUCAACCCUGCUACAGCUGAUGAAGACAUGCUGCGUCAAAUUAUCGGAGUCUUCUUCCAAACAUAUCCGAUUAGCGUCGACGGUGCUCAGGAACAAAUACAGAAAGCAACUUUACCUACAUUACGGGCGUUAGCAAAUGCACCUUCAUCUUCGCCCAUCGCUGAAAUAGAUCAAGAAGCUGUGGUCCGCUUUAUCGUCUCACUCACAAGAGUCAAUCAUGAACUAGUUGACAGUCAAGGCGGGAUGGCUGUCACGCUGUGCGGCGCGCUAUUACGCUGCCCAACACGUCCAGAAGCGCCGCUGGCGUGCCGCGUGCUUGCGCUACUGUCGCCCCCACGUGACGCGCAAGUCGCUGCCGACCUCGCUAACACGCUGCGGGAUCUUAUAAAGGAUCUAACAGAGAAGCAAUCGACACGCAACCUUAUGAGAUAUCUUGGCUCGCUGGAGGCUAUGGAAAGAUCCUCCAUCAAUAAAAUCUCCACCACAGUUGCAUCGGAAGGAACUAUGCAAGUAGAAGACAGUUUGACACAAACAAGGCGAACUACGACCUCUUUACGUAAACCGCGUUCUUUCUUGGAUAGAAGAAGGCGUCAUCCCAAUUUCGUUCUAAAGUGGUAUUUAUCUCAACCGAUCGGUCGCAGCACUCAUGUAGUUAUCAACGAAACUGUUGAAGAGGAACCAGAAAUUGACGAGACGUCCCCAACUGAAAUGCCUUCUAAAAUCUCUCAUGAGCCGGAACAUACAAAUAAAAGUUUACAAUCAGCUAAAAAAUCUAUGGAGAGUGAAACACCUGUAACUGAUCCCAAUGAAGUUCAUUCAGACAGCAGCGGAGUGUCUCCUGUCAAGAAACCUAAAGUUGCUAAAGGACGAAAAAAGAAGACAACCAAGAAAACAGAAAAAAAUGAGACCGAAAAGAAGACACAAAGCAAGAAAAAGACUAAAGGAGAAGAAGUAAAGGAGAUUGAAAAAGGCAUAAAGAGAACUAGAUCGCAACGAUCUAUCGAAGAUGUAGAUCGAGCAAAACAGGUAUCCAAAGGUAAAAAGAAGACAUCUCCCAAACUUUCUCCAUCUCUCUCUCCCGCCGAUGAUCAAGAUAGAUGCAACGUGAGUGUGAGAAGGAGAAGAGAUACGCACUCCGCCUCUACUUCUGAGUCACCUUCUAGUGGAAAGAGUGAUGACAUACCAAAAACUAAAACAGGGAACCAAAAUAAAAGAUCGUCCCGCAGUAGUGCCGCCAGUUCUCAGGAUUCUAUCUUCGAGGACUCUGCGGACGAAACUCAGCUGCACACUAUUGUAUAUGAUAAAGAAAUUGUACAGUCUCUUCUAGAAGAUUCUAGCGAAUUGAUCGAUGUGAAGCAAAAGUCUGGAAACGUCACCAUACCAGAGACACCUAGCGGCAGCGAAGAUUCGGAUUCAGAACCUGAACCGGUACCAGUGAAAGGUAAAGGGAAAGUCGGAAAAAAGAAAUAAAGAAGUAACCUAAGUUAUUUUUAAUUUGU